GUCAACGGAGUUCACAAUUUGGUCCAAUACGAUUGGUCCACGUUAUCAAAUAUGUCAGCCCCCAGUACCGCUGACACGAAAGCUGAAAGGUUUUGAUAGUUGUUAAACCAUCAAAAUAUGGAACUCUCAUGGACUAGCUUAGCAACAAUUCUAAUAUUUGCUUUUUUAUGUCAAUCAAGCUAUUCAGCAGGCAAAAAUAAGAAAAAGGGCAUCACAAAAAAGUGCCGGACAUGUAGAAACUUUGUGGAAGGUUUUCAAGAGGGCAUUACUCGAACGUCAAGGUACAAUUUUGGUGGCGGUGAUGUAGAUUGGGAAGAAAAAAAACUUGGUACAUAUCAGACAAGUGAAACAAGAUUUAUAGAAAUUACAGAUAAUAUAUGUGAAUCAUCCAAACAUGAGGUAUAUAUAGACAGAUUAUACCAUGUGUCAAAGGUUAACAACGGAUCUCCACGGUUCAGUGCACACCUAGUGGCUACCACCAAUUGCUGUGUUAAUGGUACAUUUGGUCCUGAAUGCAAAGAGUGCCCUGGAGGUGUUGAAAGGCCAUGUAGAGAUAAUGGAGAAUGUAAGGGAAGCGGCACAAGAUCAGGUGAUGGUAAAUGUUCCUGUAAUGAUGGUUACUCAGGUUCACUAUGUGAUGAGUGUAAAGACAGCCAUUUUGAAGAAUCAAAGAAUGAAACUCACACAGUGUGUAGAGAAUGCCAUUUGUCAUGCUCUUUGAAGUGUACUGGACCGGAGACUAAAGAUUGUGAGGAGUGCAAAGAGGGAUGGUUAUGGAAUGAUGAGCAUGGUUGUCAAGAUGUUGAUGAGUGUGCUGCCGAAGAGCGUCCGUGCAACGAAUCACAAUAUUGUGAAAAUAAUGAAGGAUCGUACAACUGUGAAGCUUGCCACGCGUCAUGUGACCAGUGUCUGGGCAAAGGGGACGAACAGUGUAUAAAAUGCCGCAACGGCUACAACAUGGAAGAGGGAAAAUGUAAAGAUAUUAAUGAGUGUGAAAGCGAUAACCACGGUUGCACCGGUGAACAUAAAAUCUGCAAAAACCGACCGGGGACCUACCAAUGCGACUGCGAAGAGGGUUUUGAGUUGAUGGGUAGUGAAUGUGUUGAUGAGACUAAAAUUUAUGAUGAAGAUAAUGAAGAAGAGCCAGCUGAAAAUAUAGGAAAUGAGGAUCAAAAUGAGGAAGUGAAGGAAGACAAAGAUAAAGUGAAUAAUAAUGAUACAAAUGAGGAGGAAAAGACAAAACAGAUGGAGGAAGUUUUAUCAGAUAAUAAUGAUGAUGGUAUUUUGACAGCUGGAAUAGAAAACGUUGACAUUCAAAGUUCCAAAACAGAACUAUGAUAAAGGAUUAUAUGCAUCUGCAUUUUAUAACUGUAUGUCAAAAAUAAAAUAUUUAUUCUGAAGGUCUGUCCAAACUGUCAGGUUUUUAUGUGACAAGUAUCUGUGAUUUACCCAUAUAUAUGGAUGAUGAUGUCAUACCACACCCAUAUAUGGGCAUGUCACAGGUAUUUGUCACAUACAACAUGGUAGUGUGGACAGAUCUUUACAAAACUGAAGCUGGACAUUCAGCAUCAGACUUGCAUCUGUCAGACCAACAAUGUUUUAUCAUGCAUUACUAGACUUCCACCAAACUUGUUAAAGAUACCACAUUCUUUAAUCAGAUAUUAUCUGAAGCAAGCUUACCAUACACUAUCAAACAUUGGCAAGUCUGACAAACAAAAAUUUUAUUAAUGAAGCACCACUUCACAAUGAAAAUCUACUUAGGACUAUUUAAGGGUGAGGGAUAAUUUUUAUAUUUUUUACUACCAAAUUAUUAUUUACCAUCAAAUAUAAGUCUGGCAAAUGAAAAUCUGAUUAUGUAAGCACUACUUCACAAUGAAAAUCCACUUUUUUGAAGGGUGAGUUAAAUUGGUUUAUUUACUGUAUUGAAAUAUUUCUUUUGAAUACCUAAUAGUACUUCAUUUUUAAUGUUGAAUUCAACUAUUAACUUUCGCACCCAUUCACAUUCCUUAAAAGCAUUUAAAAACAUCUUAAACCUUUAUAAAUUAGAUCAAGUUGACUAUUUGGGGUCUUUCCAUAUUAAUGUAAUUUUGUGUCUUCAUGUCUAUAUGGUAUGGAAUAAAUGUUUUGUAUUUUUA